AUGGCUGCCCCGGAGAUUCAACACGAAGGCUUGAAUGCCACAUUCAAAGGAAUUCAACGAGAUGAUCAGAACGUUCCUGUUCACCAAUUCCUCGGUAUUAAAUAUGCUACUAUCCCAGCACGGUUUGAAAAAGCCGAGACUGUGAAUACCUUCAACGGAGCCCUUUUCGAUGCUUCUAAAUAUGGACCGAGGUGCCCCCAAAUGGAGGUGGAUGUUCGCCAUCUUCUCCGUAUCCCAGAGGACUUCACUAUUGCCCCAGAGCCCGAGGACGAGUUUGAAUGUUUGAACUUGGAAAUUACCGCUCCUCCCAAGUCUUCUAAUACUGGUCCUCUGCCAGUUCUAGUUUGGAUUCAUGGCGGGUCGCAGAUUGUUACUUUUUGUUCUGCUGCUUCAAAGAUCUGUGAUCCGACGAAGAUUGUGGCAGACUCUAUCAAGGCAGGAAAGCCAUUGAUCUUUGUUUCUAUCAACUAUCGUUUGAACAUUUUCAGUUUUGGGGAUGGGAAAGAGAGGAAUUUGGCUUUGAAAGAUCAGCGUCUGGGUAUUGACUGGGUGAGAGGGAAUAUUGGUUCCUUCGGCGGUGAUCCGGUAAAUUGCUCACCUCACUACUACCAAGAUGGGAAUGCUAAUAAUACCAAGGAAAACAUCACUCUGUCGGGUGAAAGUGCUGGUGCCGUCUAUACGCACGCUCAUUUGAUUACCGGUCCACCAGUGAGACGGGCAGUCUUGGCAUCUGGCUCUCUUUAUCUUUCUUCUCCAUUGCCCGUGGAAAAGGGAGAUGGCAUCAUACGGGUGCUCGAGGAAAAGGUCCGAUCGCUUGGACAGCUGUCACUGCGACAAUCAUCUGUUCCUGUGUUGAUCCAAGCAUUGAAAGAGUGCAAUGUGAACACAAUGUGGAUUCAGGAAGAGCCAGAACUGGCGGGUUGGGAAACCAAACCGGAGCAAGUUGAGCAGCUGAUGAUUGGCGAUACUGAGUACGAGUCUGUUAUCUGGCGCAAUGGCGUCGAACCCCUGGACGGAGAAACAAUCACAGCUGCAUUCGACAGCAACAAAGAAUGGGGAACUCAGCUUCGCAAGAUGUAUCACGUCGUGACCGAUCGCCCAACUGCUGCUAAGCUUGGGGCCCUGGAUCUUGUGAACGACGUUCGCUAUACUCUUCCCGUUGAAGUAGUCGCCGAUAAACUGCAGGCUGCCAAGAAGCGCGUCUAUAAAUAUGUUGUUGAUCAGCCGAAUCCCUGGCAACCCUCUAGCCGUGCGCACCACGCGGUGGAUUUACUGUUCCUCUUUGAUGGGGUCAAUCUGUCUUUCAAUCCCGCUGCGAGUGCGGUUGGACAAGAGAUGAGACGGCGCUGGAUCAAGUUUGUUAGUGGCGAGGGGCCAUGGAGUGAUGAUAAGAGAUUCGCUUUUGGUCCUGUUGGUGAAUGCAAAGAGAUUGAUGAGGAUCAGUUUGCUGCUCGACGCAGAGUUGACCAUUGCAAGGUGCUGAAGGAGAUGGGUGCCAGUGUGUAUAUGCCUAUUGUUUUCGCAUUGACGGCAGGGCGAAUUAGUUUGUUGAAUUAG